UUCUAGAAAGACGGAUUUGUUCACUUGUUGGAUGUUGCCUUGUGCUCAUUAAUACAGUCCCGCUGGAUUGCUACAUCAAAUCAUUGUCUCUCUACUCUUCAUUUUUGCCACAACAAUAUUCAAAAAGAUAGAUUUGUUUAUCAUGUUGAAUGUUGCCUUGUGCUCAUUUAACACUAAACAUAAACAUAACUAAAGUUUACUUUCAAUAGAAAUCCUUUAUGACUCAUUUGGCUUGAUUAUGACCCUGAACAGCACAGGCGUCUCAUCUCUAUUUAUCUACAUCACCACAUGAUUUUUUUUUUUACAAAAUGCUAAUACAAUUUCGGAGAAAAUACAUGUUACGGUAUACUAAUGCAAUUUAGAUUUAGAUUUUUUCAAUGUACCUAAAAAAUACUUUGAACAUGUAUUUUCUCCUGAUUGAACUCUGAUCUAUGAAGGGGUGAAUAACUCAAUUCCACUAAAAACGGAUUGAAUUGUUAGUAAUGGUGUUGGUGAUGAGGUACAAACUAUAGUUUUUAGGAUUUUUUUGUUUCUGACCACUUUUGGAUGAUUCAACAUUAACCGGGUCAAAUUGACCCGGGAGCAUCACGGCUGUAUGUAAGAAACGAACAUAACAGGAGGGUUGCCAAAUCAACACCUCUCUGCUCGUCAUUUUGGCACAAUAUUGUGGAAACGUAUCUUGCUCAGUCGCAUUGUUUCAUGAUUUCUUUGGGUGUGUUCUGUGUCACACAAUUCCAGUCAGCAGGUUUGACAAGUUUCACUAUUUAAAUAGCCUCCAAACCGAUGAUAAAUUGGAGAAGCUUGAUCAGCCCUACUGAGAUUGACAAAACCAAACUGUUCAUCUUGGACGGAGAAACUUUUGUUUUUGCAGAAAAAGUAUCUACAAUCAAGAUAAACAUGUUAGGUGUUGUCAUUUUUUGCGGAUUAUUCUUUGCAAGCCAGCAGCAAGAUGGUGUCGCCUUCAAAAAUUGCUGGACCAAGUGGUUUGACCGAGACAAUCCCAGUGGAAAUGGAGACUGGGAAACCCUUGUCCAUCUUCACAAAGAGAACCCAGGACAGAUCUGCCCAAAACCAGCAGCUAUUGAGGCCCAAACUCUAACUGGGCUCAGUGUGGCUGCAGCCGGGGAGGUGAUUCAAAUAAGUGACACAACUUCAGGGUUCGUCUGCAGAAACAAAGACCAACCCGACAAGAAGUGUUAUGAUUAUCGCGUUCGUUUCAGCUGCCCUCCCUCUUACUGUGAUACAGAUGUGUGCUGGACCGAGUUUUAUGACCGAGACAAUCCCAGUGGAACUGGAGACUGGGAAACCCUUGUCGAUCUUCACAAAGAGAACCCAGGAAAGAUCUGUGAACAUCCUCUGUACAUUGAGGCUGUUACUACUGACACAAAUACCCCAUCCACCUCCACAGGGGACAUAAUCUUUCUCUCCUGUCCAAUCAAGGGAUUCAUUUGCCGCAACGAGGACCAGGAAUGUGGUAAAUGCCUCAACUACAAAGUCCGGUUUGGGUGCUCGUGCUAGAAAAAAGCCCAGACUCUACCACAAUCACUGGGGAGAAGAGUCAUUAUUUCAAUUUUGAUCACUUGAAAUUUUGUCUGAUUUUUCUUUCAUGUUAAAUUUACUUUCAUAAUGUGCCAGGUGGAGGAAGUACAAUAGACCUUUUUCGAUCUUAAAAGAAUUUAUUCGGAAGUGUGGUGUGUUUACGACAGAUGGUCUGAGCAGUAUCUACGUAGUCAGUAGGAGGUACUGGAAAGCAGUUCAAUGGUAAUUUUAUAAUUUAAAAUACAGAUUUAGUUUGCAGUAAAGUAAAUGUAUACACUCAAUCUUAUAAAAUGCGUGUUUAUGUGGGAUUAGGGAUUGUUAGACUCAGAAUAAUAUGAAUAUAAUGAUGAUUUAUUAAAAGCAAUCAUGCAA